AGAAGAGCAGAGGUGUCAAGCAGUAGGUGAGAGACAGGGACAAUCUCACGACCGGAUGACUGUUAAGUCAGAAUUCUGAAGGUGUUUCCACAGGUUACACUGACAGUUACUGGCUGUAUUUUUCUGUUUUCACUCUUUAUGGAUUUGAAUUUAGUUAGUUUGAUUUUCUUCAUUUUUGUUGUUGAUAAAUUAGCAUUUUAUUCACAUAUCCUUCGUUAAAUCAGCUUGUCUGUACAGUUGAAGAGGAGCACAUAGGGAUAAGGCUGGCUGCGUUUUUCAAAAAAGUUGUGCCGUCUGUCACUCGGACGUUGGUCAUCAACCUUUCUGUGACCCUUUUUCUGUCUCGAUUGGGUGUCCUAACGUGAUUCGGUCAUGAGUUCCAAGAUAGUGAACUCUAACUCAACCCCUGGAAAGCCAAGCACGAUGGAUAACCUAACUGACUGCACUGGUGCCGGCUUGGACCUCAUUCAGAAUCGCAUUGAGUCUCUGAGCAGUAAGAUGGACAGGCUCAUCAACAUCCAGGAGAAGGUCCUCAACCGGCUGGACGGAAUAACCCAGGACAUUGAUGGUAUCGAAAGGGACGUGGAAACUCUGAAGGUGGACAACGAGGAGAUCCAUAUACCUGCAAGAGCCCUAACUCUUCCCCUGGCUCAAACCCAGGGUACAGGUGUGGUGGGCGAGGUGAGAGAGAUGUGUCAUGAGAUGAGCUCCAUCAUGAUGGCGUUGGACCAGCGCUCGGAGAAGCAGGCUGAGAAGCUGGACGGGAUGGAGAAUCUGGUCCUCAGCAUCCAGCAGGUCAUCAGAUUCAUCGGGGAGACGGUGAAGAGCUCCCGGGUUAUGGAGAUGAUGUUUAUGCGUCCUGCAGCACACAAGGCCCCCAAGUCCAAAGACAGUAAGGGCAAGGUGGACGUUAAGAGGCAAUCGUCUGCAGAAAAGAGCGAGAGCUCAGUUACUAAGAAGACUGACAAGAAAACUACCUCUACUAAAGCCACUAAAGGGACUCAAGGGAUGAUAACCACUAAAUGUGAACCCAAACCUAGUAGACCGGAGACCACUCACAGUCACAAGACAACAAAGCUCCAUGGACCAAAGCAUUUUCUCACAAUCCGCAAACUCUGCGGAAACUUUUCAAAAGAUCACAAGGGGAAGGAUGGGAAGGAGAAGCCCAGUCUGAGCACAAAAGGUCUGAAAACACAGAAGAAGAAACCCCCAGAUACAGCAGACACCAUCUCCCUGAGGAAGCAGGCGUUGCUGCUAAAGGAGGUUCAGAAGCUCAACAGGGAGAAUGCAGAGAGAUCAUCAUCAGGUCACCAGCAGCAGCUUACCCCUGAUGGCGUCUUGGACCUGGAGGCUGGAUCUGGAAGGGCCUCAGAGGGGUUGGGGUCAUCACAGACUGGGUCCCUCAGCCCGAACCUGCUGGACUUGAUCCUCGAGGGCCCCAAGGCCCCCGUGGCCGAAGAGGAGUCAUUGUCUGAGGAGGAGAGGAAGGCAGCAGGAGAUGGACUAAAAGUGGAGGAGAGGAAGGAGGAAGAGGAGGUCAUAAAGAAGCAAGAGAAGGAAGACCACCUCAGUGAAUCGAAGUUCAAGGAAGAGGAGCGAGAGGAAGAGCUGUUGAAAAUCACAGAGCAGCCUGAGGAGGUUAGAGGAGCAGAGGAGAGAGAGGGGAAUAAAAAGGAGGAGGACAGUGCAGGCCCAUCAGAAGCUGCUGAUAUGUCAGUUAAGGAUCUCCCUCCUCUCCCACCCUCCCCUGAAGCUCCAGCAGAGACUGGCUCUAUUCCAGAGAGUUGUGAAGUCCACAACAGAAGUGCCUCCUCUCAGUCUCUGGAAGCUGCAGAACAGGACCAGAUUGAAGAGUGCAGCACCAGCAGUAAGCGUCGUGUGGCGGAUGAAGACCUGGGAGUGGAGGACCACAAGAAGAGUCGGGUGGAGGGAGGAGCAGGAGAGGAAUAUGUGAGGCAGGGGGAGAGGCAGGAGGAGGAAGAGGAAGGAGAAAGACCAGAGGAUGAGGAUGAGGGAUGGGGCAUCUUCAAGGCAGAUGGGGUGGAUAUCCGUGUGGAACUGAAGGAGAGGAUGGGAAAAGAGAAGAAGCCGGAUCAGUCUACAGAAGUCAGGCAGUCGACUGGGGAACAGUUCUUCAUUGAUAAAAGCUCUCCUCCUCCGGCUCCAUUCAACCAUCGGAUGGUGUCAGCCAAACCGAACCAGAUCAGCAACUUCUACACCAUCAACAGAGCAGAGGUUCUCGGAGGAGGUCGUUUUGGCCAGGUGCACAAAUGCAUGGAAAACUCCUCGGGUCUCACCCUGGCUGCCAAGAUCAUCAAAGCCCGGAGUCAGAAAGAGAAGGAGGUGGUGAAGAAUGAGAUCACGGUCAUGAACCAGCUGGACCACGCCAACCUGAUCCAGCUCUACGCCGCCUACGAGUCCAGGAACGACAUCAUCCUGGUGCUGGAAUAUGUGGAUGGAGGGGAGCUCUUUGACAGGAUCAUCGAUGAGAACUACACUCUGAUGGAGCUGGACACGGUGCUGUUCAUCAGGCAGAUCUGUGAAGGCCUGCAGCACAUGCACAAGAUGUACAUCCUCCAUCUGGACCUCAAGCCAGAGAAUAUUCUAUGUGUGAGCAGAGUCACGAAUAAAAUUAAGAUCAUCGACUUUGGACUUGCCAGAAAAUACAAGCCCAGAGAGAAGUUACGAAUAAAUUUCGGCACCCCAGAGUUCCUGGCCCCAGAAGUUGUCAACUACGACUUUGUGUCAUUCAACACCGACAUGUGGAGCCUGGGAGUGAUUACAUAUAUGUUGCUAAGCGGUCUGUGUCCCUUCCUAGGUGACGAUGACAAUGAGACUUUGAAUAACAUUCUGGCCUGCCAGUGGAAUUUUGAAGAGGCAGAAUUUACAGACAUCUCAGAGGAGGCCAAAGACUUCAUCUCCAAACUCCUCAUCAUCAAUAAAAGUUGGAGGAUAGGUGCCUCUGAAGCGUUGAGACAUCCUUGGCUCUCUGACACAGUCCUCCAUCACCGUCUUCAUGAAAAGAAGAACAUGUGUAACCGCUCACGCAGAUCUUCAUGCGUACCCACCACAGAUAGUUGAGCAUGAUGACUUGACGGAGCCAGCGGUGGCCACUUGGACCAAGCCUGCUGUACACCUGUAGAACUACCAGAGCUUUCCUGUAUGAACACAUUUAAACUGUUAAAACUCCGUAGGUGGAGGAGUGUGUCAUGUGUGGUAGUGCAAAACCAAGAGACAGACAAGGCAAUUCAGCACUCAAAGAGGAUUUAUUAACUGGUAAAAAAAAACACGGCCAAUAAUCAAAAUCAACAGCUGGCCCUUUAUGGCAAUAACUGAAUGUAAUCGUAUUCUUCCCCAGUGAUUUAUUUUCUCCCAGGGCAGAGAGAGCUUCAAACCGUCGUCAUUGGGUGCUGACUGGUCCAAUGGUUAGGCGUGUCCUCCUCACUGCUCUCUCUCUCCCUCUCUGAACGCCACUGCCUCCCCAUGUUCUGCCACCCUAAUUGCAGCCAUCUGUUCAAGAUGUGCAGCUGCAGUCAAUUAAGUCUCUGUGGAGAGAUGCCACACCUUGUAAUGAGUUGUUUAUCCACCAAGUGGGGCCAAAAGCCGGCCUUUCCCACCCUUACACCCCUCGGAUGCUCACACACCGCCCAUCCCUGCUUCAACUCGUGGUUUGUACAGGCCAAUACCCCGAUAGAGUCAACUCUUGACCAGGCAUUUCAUCCAAGGCCAUGAAGGUACACCCCUGGACCUCUAGGGGUCAUACAACAAAGGUUGAUGUUCGUCAUCUCCAUGGUUCACCCUCUUCAUGGGUCUGGUUCUCGGCCACCUUCUGGGGCACACACGAUAACUGGUUAUUGAGAGGGGGAAGGCUCUCACCUCCAUGCGUCUGUGCCUCCUCACCAGCUUUCCCGUUCUCCUUUGAAUGACAGCGGCUCGCCUUUUUCCACUUGGGCCUCAGGGUUUCUACAAAGUCUUGGGUUAUUAUCACAGAAAUGUUCAGAAAUGUUUGUUUUACCUCAGUUUUACCUCAAGCCCCUUUUCUUUCACAGGGCAUUUAUUUUGGUCACUUCCAGCCCUUCUUGGAAAACCAUGCUUCUUCAACAUUUUCAAAAUAGAGCACCCCGACAGUAUGCCACCUGCCUCAGCUCUGGUCAAAGGACAUUUGAAGGUCCAUGCCAGGAGUUUGAGGUUUCUCCAUUUCUGAACAUCCCUUUUCAUUGGUCAUACUCACCACCACAGUCCCGUCUUGGACCUUUACCUCAUGGUAAAGGUGGGGCUCGCUGUCCCCUGGUGGUGUACCUGAUGGUAGUUGACCAGUUUCUGUGGAGUUGGAAGACUCUCCCUGAGGCCCCCUGGUAACCAAAAGCUUGGCAAAGUCUUGGGUUACCAUAUAACCAUCAUCCAUCUUAAUGAACUUGCCUGACCACAGUAGGCCCUCUGACUCCCAGGCCCACUCUCCAACACUCCACCACUUCUGGGGAGGCUCAGUAACAUAGUUGGUUUGUCAGGCUUACCCAUGUCUUGUAGCUCUUCCAUUCACGUUUGACUCGGUGGAUGACUGGCAGAGCUCCACUACCUCCUUGGCCUCAUCCUGUCUUUAAAGGGGAUUCUUCUUCUCUGGCUGUGACUUUUUCCUCUGCGUCGUGUCAGAGGUUUGACCUGAGGGUGAGCCAGUUGCCUCUACUACCGCCCUGUUGGGUUCAUUGUCUCACUGCCUUCUGUGCAAUUGAUCCACCUGCUGGCAGUUCUGUCUUCUGGGUUUUGGAAAGAAGUGUCUCCAGCCUGUGAACGACAUCCUGCAUUUACUGAACCUCAUUGCGUUUUCCACUUAUGAUUGCAAUUCAGAGGCUUUUCCUGCCAGGGACAUCUUCUCCUCCAUCAAUUCCACCACUUGGCUUCCAUCGCUGACUUCUUUGCCAUCUCUUCAUUCCUUUUCAAUUCACUUAUGAGGCUCUUCACUGCCUCCUGCUCAAGCCUUCUUGCUGCCUGCUCCUCUUCCAGACAGGCCUGCACAUUGUUCCUCUUCAUUGCUUCUCAAUUACCUGGGCAGUUCCUGCUCGGUCUGCUUGCUCUUACUGCUUGUCCAGCACCUUUGUGGAAACCCCUGUUCGUUUUGAACUGGGGUGCAGCUUUACUCCAACAGGGCCAACAUCCCAGCCUGGGCUUCCCCUUGUAGCUCUGCCCUCUGCCGGCAGAUCUCUAAAUUCUGGGUGCUGGCUACCUGCUCCCUAUGCUCCUUUUCUGCACACUCAUGAGCUACCUCAGAGACCUCCAGGACCCUCUUCAGCUGCAGCUUUCCUGCCUCUAAUUCUUCUCACCUGAGCUUUUCCUCUGAGCCGAGCAUUAAUUUUCAUGAGCUUUUCAGAUUGCUCAUUGGCAGCGUGAACUACCUCUUUAAGAUAAAUGUUCUCGAUUCAGAACAGUGACCUCUUAUUCCAAAGUCACUACAACAUCCUGGAACUUAGUCUUUACCUUCUCACCUCUUGCCCUUGGUCCCUGCACUUCUCCUGCAGGCUGAGGACCAUACUUGAUUCUCUUUCAGUUGACUUUACAGCCAGGUUACCCUCUUCCUGUUGCUUAAAGUCUCCUCUUGCAAGGUGGCCAGCCGCCUUGACUUCUCAUGGAGCCGUUUGAGGCCAUGACGCUCUUCUUGUAGGACGGCACACAGGCACCCCAGACGCUCCUCCAGGGCCUCUUUGCUGGUCUUCUCUUCUUCAAACUGCCUCUUGAAGGCUUCCUUGGCCUGGUCAGCAUCUAGUAGGGAGGCCCUCGUGCCCCUGCUGCCCCUGGGUGUCUGCUAACAGGCAUCUGCUCACUUCUUCCUUUGCCUUCCCCCUUGAAGUAUCAGCUGGCACUUCUUUGUUACAGCCACAGGUGGCGGUACUUACGUCUUGCUAAGCACUGUUCAGUCUUCUAGCAACAUUUUUCAUGUCACUGAUAGCUGCAGUGAUUUCUGGAUCCACAAGGAGCUCCUUUAUUAAACUAGGCAAGUCAGUUAUGAACAAAUUAUUUUUUACAAUGACUGCCUACCCCGGCCAAACCCAGACGAUGCUGGGCCAAUUGUGUACCGCCUUUUGGGACUCCCAAUCACGGGCGGAGGUGAUAGAGCAUGGAUUCGAACCAGGGACUCUAGUGAUGCCUCUUGCAUUGAGAUGCAGUGCCUUAGAACGCUGCACCACCCGGGAGCCGAGAGUUAUUUAUGGCUGGUGAGAAACUCAAGACUACCUUCAGAGCUAUUCAGUGCUCCCUUAUGUGUGGUGCUUAGUCCCCUCCGUCGCCAACCACCUCAAGGUUGAGAGACUUGACAUCCAUUCUUCUGCCAGCAGCAUUUUCUCUUGUAAAAACCGACUUAAAAAACCCUGUCUUCACAGCCUACAGGGCACCAUAACUUGUCUAAAUGGUUGUCUCAGGUUUCACUACCACACGGGGACACUCACAUUCUCCACCAGUGUAACAACUCCGCAGAUGGAGGAGUGUGUCACGUGUGGUAAUGCAAAACCAAGAGACAGACAAGGCAAUUCAGCACUCAAAGAGGAUUUAUUAAAUAAAUAAAGGUUUCACAGGUAGCUUGGGGAAUCUUCAUGUCCCAAAAGAAUGUUCUCACAAAGAAAUGAGGCCAAUAAUCAAAAUCAACAACUGGCCCUUAUGUCAGCAACUGAACAUAAACGUAAGUCACUGGGGAAGAUAAUCUUUUACCCCAGGGCAGAGAGAACUUCAAACCUUCGGCAUUGGGUGCAAACUGGUCCAAUAUUUGCGAUAAAACUUUGGUGUGUCCUCCUCACGGCUUUCUCUCUCCCUCUCUGAACGCCACUGCCUCCCCAUGUUCUGCCGCCCUAAUUGCAGCCAGCUGUACAAGAUGUGCAGCUGCAGUCAAUUAAGUCUCUGUGGAGAGAUUCCACACGUUGUAAUGGGUUGUUUAGCCACCAGGUGGGGCCUAAAGCCGGCUUUUCCCACCCCUACACCCCUCGGAUGCUCACAAAACCUACACCUAUUGAACUACACCUGUAGAACUACCAGAGCUGUGUGAUGAAUGGACAACACAUGUUAUCUUACUUUUACAAAGUAAAAGUACCAGUCCCACAGUUUAGUGUGAAAGCGUAGAGCCCUUGAAGACUGGAGGGUGUAGUGAAAGAUAUUUUGCUAGAUAUGUGAAUGUAAUCUACAAUGCAAGACAGUAUAACAGAACACCAACACAUAACUGCCCUGAUCUUGUAAAUACUUUGGGGAUUUUGUCGGAAAAACUAGCUGAACUUUUAUCCGAAGUGUGUUUGUUUCCCUGCUCAUACAGUUUUACUGCUCUCUUCCUUCAUGUGUGAAUUCAUUUUGAUUCACACAUCAGUUAUCCACAAUGCACCUCACAAUAUAUGCUGUGAUGUGACUCUGAUCUCUUUUUAAUGUCAUUUUCUGCUAAUGUAAAAGGGUUCCAUGUUGAGUACUGUACCCCACUUUUCCUCUGAAUGUGAGUGUAUUCAUGCAAACCGAGGGAUUUUCCUGUUUAAUUUGACCGAUAGAUAGACCAAUGUCAUAUGUUUGUUGUUUGUUUUGUGUUCUCGUGACAUUUGGCGUAAAUAGAUAAAAUAUGCAGAUGUGUGCUUAAACCCUUUAAUGUGGAUCUGGAGUACUUAACACUUUUAACACGGUGGCAUUAGUCUGGGAAGGCAUUGUUAUCCUGUUUUCAUUUUCUUAAAAUCAUUUGAUCUGUUGUUUUAAUUGCUGUUGAUAUAUUCUAUAUUGUAUUUUUGGAAAAGCUGUGCUUUCUCUAAGGAAAGAGUUGUACAAAUGGAAAUGGUUGUGAACAAUGUUUUGUAACAAGAUGAUUGGCAAAGUAAAAAAAUGCCUCCCAGAAUCAGGGUCUGCAUCUAAGGGUUAAGUUCCAGAGACAGCGCGUUAUGAUUUCACAAUUCACACACACACACACACACACACACACACACACACACACACACACACACACACACACACACACACACACACACACACACACACACACACACACACAAUUGGUGUGGUCUGUUUUCAAGCUCUAGUAUGUCCACUUUAUAUUGUUAUUUAUUUAAAUCAGAUGAAUUCAUCAAACUAAUCAUAGCAUUGAAGGAAAAAUACCUUGUUAGAAGUGACAUGUUCCUAUGUCUGUAGUCAUGUCCUAAAUUAUACUUGUUCAUGUGUGUAUAAAAAACAAACAUUUUUACUUUAAAUUAAAAUAAUCCAAGUCUUAUCAUUUUUUUUCUUUGUUUUAUUUAAAAACCUUUGUUUAAGAUUAAGCAGGUAAUUUUUAUUUGGCCUUUGUUGUUAAUUUUAAUUGAUGAAAGCAUGUUUUUGGCUUGCAUGUGCUCAGUAAAACCAAUAUAGUACAUAUAUGACACAUGAUGCAUCAUUAUUUCAAUGUGUAGGGUUGGGCUUAAUAAUUUGCAUUGUUAAUAUUGUUGUUUGUUAAUGCUUGUCUGCAUGUUAUCAUAUUGUAAUCAAAUAAAAACGACUUUAUUACCUUCCAUGAAGGUUGGCUAUUGGAAAGUAUACUACCUAUUAGAUUAAAAUAUUGCUAGUAUUGAAUGUUUUAAACUUUUUAUCAUUUCCUCUAUGGUAUAUAUAUUUUCUCAGGUGUACAGAUGUAUAGACCGUGAAAUUGCUUUCUCUUGUCCACUGAACAUUGAUCGUCAUUGUUUUGAAGGUUAGAGUAGAAUAGAUUCUGUAAAAUCCUUUCUAUAAAAAAACAAUGUCCUUUUUCUGAUCCAAGCAACAGAGUGAAAAGCAUUUUGAAUUCGAUAUGCAUUUGGAAGUGUUGUCGCAUUAAAAAUGAAAUAAAUAUUA